AUGAAAUUCCUAGGCAUUGGUUUCUAUUUCUUCAUUCCCAUCUGCCUUGCUGCCCUUUGGAAUGCAGGAACUCCAGAUUCUUGCUCACAUCGAUGUGGAGAGCUACUCAGUACCUGUUCUUGCCAGGAGACAUGCCAAUCCCUGAGGACUUGCUGUCCCGAUUAUAAAGAAUUUUGCCUUCAUAUUUCUCCACACUCAGGAUCCUUGAUGGGAGGCAAAGACUUUGAGAUUGAAAAUACAGCUUUUAAUACCUCUUCUAGGCUGAAAUGCAGGUUCAAGCAGAAAAUUGAAACCAAUGGCUAUGUUGCUAAGGAUGGAAAAGGCCAUUGCAUCUCACCAUUGCUGUAUGAGACUGGUUUUGUCCCAUUUGAAGUUUCUGCAGAUGAUGGGCUGACAUUUCCAUACUCUGGAACGUGGUUAUCAGUACAUCACAGCAAAGUUUCAGAUGGAGAAAAAUCUGUGCUGGUAAAUGCAACAAAAUGGCAAUAUUAUGGCACCGCCAACACUGAAGGAAACAUAUCCCUCACCUGGAAACACCAGGUGCUUCCAGCAACCCAUAUCAAUAUAGAAGUCUGGGGAUAUGAGGAAAUAGGUGAGGCCUACUCAGACAGCUGGCUAGCCAUAUGGAAAUAUCUCUAUACUUUGGCAAGAGAAGCACCAAAUACUGGGACAUUUUCCUUCACACCUGUACCUGCUAAAGGAAAUUACAGUACUGUGGACUUCGGAAUUUUGAGAAUUACACCCAGCAACUAUUCUGAUGGGCAGAGCAAUGUUCCAUCAGUCUGGAGCUCAGAGCAUGCGCUGGCCUGGCAUCUUGGGGAAGACUUUAGAAGUGACCCAAGUGCAUGGGCAACUGCUAAAUGCCUAGAAUGGGACAGAAAGGAGGAGAAGCUUCCAAACUUCCUUGAAGAAAUUAUAGAUUGCCCUUGCACCUUGGCACAGGCAAGGGCAGACACUGGCAGGUUCCAUACUGAUUAUGGCUGUGACAUUGAAAAGGGGAGUGUGUGUACUUACCACCCUGGGGCUGUGCAUUGUGUGAGGGCCAUUCAAGCCAGUCCCCAGUACGCUGCAGGGCAGCAGUGUUGCUAUGAUGCUACAGGGACCCAAAUCCUCACGCAAGACUCCACAGGAGGCAGCACACCUGACCGAGGACAUGACUGGGGCUCACCACCUUUCAUGAAACCUCCCCGAAUACCUGGAUUUUCCCACUGGCUUUAUGAUGUCAUCAGCUUCUAUUACUGCUGCCUAUGGUCUGAUAAUUGUCAGUUCUACAUGAAACAUCGGCCCUCCAGUGACUGUAGGAAGUACCGCCCACCUCGAGCUGCAUCUGCUUUUGGUGACCCACACUUUAUCACAUUUGAUGGUCUGAACUUCACCUUUAAAGGCCAUGGGGAAUACACAUUUGUACAGUCUGAUCUGACAUUCCUAAGAGUGCAAGGAAGGACCCAGCAGGCACACUUUCCCAAUGGAUCAGAAGCUCAGGUGACAGGCUUGUCUGCAGUGGCUAUGCAGGAGAACAAUUCUGAUGUGAUUGAGGUACGCUACUCAGAGGAUUUGAAUAUGGAGGUCCUGUUGAACCAAAUGGUGGUCAAUUUCUCCGAGCAAAGUUGGAUGGACUUAAAAGGUCUUUUUCUUCAUUCUGCAGUUGAUCAAACCAUCACAGUGAUGUUUUCUUCUGGGGCUGGAGUGGAAAUAAGAGGAAGUGGAGGAUUUCUAACACUGACAGUUCUGCUCCCAGAAAAAUUUAUGAAUCACACACAGGGUCUCUUUGGGGUAAUGAAUGGUAAUACAGAGGAUGAAUAUACCUUCAAGAACAAAACAACCAUAUCUGUUCAUGCUAAUCCUCAGCAGUUGUUUGAGUUUGGAGCUGACUGGGCUGUUGAAAAUGGAACUUCCCUUUUUACUUAUGACACAGAGUUCUUAUUGAACAAUUUCUUUUUUGGGGAAAAGCACAACUCCUCUUUUCUGCCAGUGUUCUUUCCUUAUGAAGACCCUGCUGAUCCCUUGAUGAAAGACAUGGUUUUGCUCUGUGACUCUGAUCCAUUCUGCAGAUUCGACGUCCUGACAACCAGAAGUCUUCAAGUAGGAAAUUCAACAAAACUGUCUCAUCAGAAUCACAAGUGGCUAGUAGAAAAUCUUAAGUCAGUGGUCUCUUGUGGCUGGUUGGAUCAUCCAGCCAAUGGAAGAAAGGAAGGAACAAACUAUCUGUCAGGCUCAGCCGUCCAUUUCACCUGCAAUCAGGGCUAUGAGCUCACUGGGUCAAAGGAAAGAAUCUGUCAAGCAACAGGGGCCUGGUCCGGGGAAACACCCAGCUGCAUCCUGAGAACAGAUGCUACGCAAGUAAUUCUGCUUGGCUGUGUAUUUGGAGCUGUUGGUCUUGCAGUCCUGGCACGUCUGGUUUUCCUGUGUAGAAAAGAGAGGUAA